AUUGGUAUCGCAACUAUCGGCCUCUUCAAACGCACAGAGGGCCUCGUGAAUCGAGAGAUCAACCUUGUGUACAUCAAAGCCUCGCUCGAUCGGUCGCACCAGAGAUUCCCUUGGAGCUGUUUCCAUCUCUGGUACUUUUUUCGAGCCGGAAUCCGGCCCGACUCAUACUGGAUCUCCAUCCUUGCUGCACGUUCGACUGGUGACCGGCAUCGUAACUGUACGGGUCGUGCGAUUUCCGAAAACUAUGCGCGCAACAUCCAUCCACUGGCUCUCUUCCUCGGCUGGGAUGUAGUAAUCGAGCAAGAUGAAAUCGCAAUCAACUUUUUCGCUCCUUUUGCUGUUGGCGACGAACUUUAUCAACCUCGCAAAAGAUCAGGACGAGAGCCCAUACCAGUGGACAUCUGUUUGUCAAUAUCCCCUUAGCUCAUAUCAUUUCCUCGUUACGACAGAACUGGGGCAAAUUGUACAGAUCAGCUGUUUAUAGCGCGGGCACCCCCCCGAAUCUCUUCAAAAGUUCCUCGGGUGAUGAUCAGCUUAUCUCAUAGCUGAGCGCUUCUGUCACUCAAUGACAUCUUUGAACGUUGAAGCGCUCUCGGACCAAGAUAAAAGGGCUUUGCAGUCCGAUAUCCAACUCCGUGUCCCCUCUUCUCUUCAAGCACUCUUACAACUCGAUAUAAAUGCCCACCAACUACGUAACCCGACUCAAUAAUUACUAUCAAGCCCUCGACCAGGCAUAUCUGAUCAGCUACGCUGAAUCGUCAACGGGACCCUCCAGCAACAGAAUCUGGACAAUGGAAUGCAAAGUCUCCGGCGAGGUCAAAGGUGUGCCUAGUCUCCAGUUUUCAGUCCGGCUUACUUUGCUCCGACGAGGUGUUGGACAAGCGACGACUAAGGCUGCGGCGAAAGAAGCUGCAGCAAUGCAAGCUUGCACGAACAUCGGCAUCGAGUGA